AUGCGCCGUCUGAGCCUGACGCUGGCCUCGCUCGCCCUCUCGCUCUCCCUCUUCGCCAGCCUCUUCAGCGCAUCGAUUGCCUCAUCGGAUCACAACGACACCCAGGCAGACUCGUUACUGUGGGGCACCUAUCGACCAGGUCUGUAUUUUGGCGUGCGCGCUCGACUACCCGACUCUCCCCUCUUUGCCUUUUCGUGGCACGGCCUGCAAGACUACAAUACCUUUUCAAACACCCGCUUCGAAGCUGGACAAGGCGGUGAUGACAUUGAAUCGUACGGCUGGACACAUCACGAUGGACGAGGGUACGGUAAAGAGUGGAUCGUGGAUACCAAGGUGAAUGUCAGACUACAGCUCGAGUGGAUCAGAGAGUCGCACGGCUGGACCGCCAGGAUCAGCGGUGAGCCCAUCGACGCUGGUGAGUACGCCCGAGUGUAUGCGCUGUACUCGAGGCCUCGCGAGACUGAUGAUCAUUCACGCAUCCCCCAGCGCGACCUUGCUUGGUGAUGAGCUACCUGCACAUCUCAUCGCGCACCGAAUUGGAGGCCACCUUUGACGAGGACGCAGCAAACGACAUUGGUGGACUGCCGGCGCAUCCCGCGACGUCGCAGCACGAACCCUUUGUGACAAGCACGCAUGCGGAUGCUCGCAUAGGCAAGUGGACUUUGGGAGUGCGAGAAUCUGCAGAGGUCAGAAACCAGCCGGCAGAUGCAGAGGAGCCGGCCGAGCAGGCGUGGAGCUUCCUAGGCGAAAAGGUGGAUCAGACUUGGGAUACGCAGAGUGAGUCGGCGCCCCGUCGCGCUCAUCCCAGGCUCCACUCGACUCACCUCUCGCGCCCGCUCUCUCUCUCGCGCUCCCUAGCCAUGAUCGAUCGAGCGAAUCAGGAUACGAUCAGAUCACACUUGCAAGAAGUUGGUCACGAGAAUGUCCCUCCGCCCGCUCAUCUGCUCGCUCUACCCAACGAGCUGGCCAGCUCCACCAAUGCGGUGGCCUUUGCGCGCGGCUUCCAAGGCGCCUUUUCGUUCGAUGUCUACUUUACCACAAACGGCGCCAAAAGAUCUCUGAGUGGCAAGGAGCUCACAGCUGCUCUAUCUGCGAGUCGAGAAGCGUACGACGAGCGCUUCGAUGGCGUGCUAGGGCUCGCAGCAAAAGGCUACGACUCUGCUCGUGUCCGAUUCGCAAAGGAACUGACGAGCGGCUUGGUAGGAGGCAUCGGAUAUUGGGCUGGAGCGGGCGUGGUGGACAGGAGCUUCAAGCACCCGUGGGAUGAGAAUACCGGAACAGGAGCGAUGGACUUUGAUGAGCUCGCCACUACCGAACCGGAUCCGCGUCUGACGGAAGAGAUGCAGCUCUUUAGCGCAACGCCUAGCAGGAGCUUCUUUCCGCGAGGCUUCUACUGGUGAGGGUAGAGUGCGGCCGCCUGCUGCUGAUGCUUGCUGAGGUUGUCUCUUCGCGCCGCCUGCAGGGAUGAAGGCUUUCAUCUGGCGCACAUUGGAGUCUGGGAUAAUGACCUGAGGUGAAGAGCAUGGACGCUGGCGUGGUCGUGACAGCGCAACUGCUCACAGCAAGCUCGCGCUUUCUUUGCAGCCUCGAGAUUCUAGAGUCUUGGAUCGAUCUCAUCGACGACGAUGGCUGGGUCGCUCGCGAACAGAUCCUGGGUGAUGAAGCCCGCAAGCGAGUGCGUGUCAUCGCGCAACGCACUUGCGAUCCUUGCUAAUUCUUUUUCUGUCUCACGCGCAUACAAAGGUGCCGCGCGAAUUUCAGACGCAAUACCCUCUGUAUGCCAACCCGCCAACCUUGACGAUGGCUUUGGGCAUGUACAUUGAUCGUCUCAUGGCUGCGCAACAGCAGGGUCAAGGUGCCGCCGGAGACGUCGCGUUCGACGCUUCCUACGACGCAUCACCUCAGCAAGUCUUUGGCUCGCGCUCCUCCUCAUCCGAAAGGUAUCUCAACGACCCGGAUCUCGCCCGCUCUUUUCUCGCGCGCAUAUAUCCCAAGCUUCGGACGCACUAUCAAUGGUUCAGGAGAACACAACGUGGGGAGAUUGAGCAGUGGGACAGGACGGCGAGAUCUCGAGAAGCCUACAGGUGGAGAGGCAGAACCAAAAGUCACGUGCUGACUUCCGGCCUGGACGAUUACCCGCGCGCGCAAACACCUCAUUCUGGAGAGCUGCACUUGGACCUGAUCAGCUGGAUGGGUUUCUUUGCGCAGACGAUGCAAAAGAUUGCAGAGGCGACUGGAGAGGAACGAGACGCAAAGGAGUACGAGGAGCAUCACAAGGGCGUACUAGAGAACCUCGAAGGUGAGUGUGGCUACGCGGAAUAGUCGCCAGAUCUGGCUUUCUGAUGUGCGACGCGCUCCGAAUUUAGAUCUGCACUGGAGCGACAAAGACCAGCUGUAUUGCGAUGCUGCGGUGGACGAAGCUGGUGAGUUGUCGCGACGCGACGCAAUGUCGAAUCCAUCGUUGACCUCUUCCCAUCUCCAGACACCUCCUUCCACGUUUGCCAUCGGGGCUACGUUUCCCUCUUUCCAUUCUUGCUCGGCUUGCUACCGACAGACAGCCCGCACUUGAAGUCUAUACUCGACAUGAUCGAAGAUCCAGAGCAUCUGUGGAGCAAAGCGGGCAUCCGAAGUCUGAGCAAGCAGGACGUCUUGUUCGGCAAAGACGAGGGUGAAUUGUCGCGCGCUGCUCUGCUUUGAUUUUUUGCAUACUCAUUCUCUGCGCUCUCCUCUCCGUCAGACUACUGGCGCUCUCCCUCCUGGGCACCCAUGAACUACCUCGCCCUGGGAGCGUUGCACAAGGUGCGUACUCCUCUUGCCCUUUCUGCCACGCACCGUCAUCCCUCACACCUCCGCAUUCCCCCACUGCAGAAGUACGCAGCGCUGCCUGGUCCGCACCAAAUGCGCUGCGGGAAGCUGUACGAGGAGCUCAGAAGGACAUUUGUGGAGAAUGUGUACCAGGUACGUAUCGCUCUGGCAUCUAAGCGAACGCACGCAUCGCUGACAGACAGCUUCUUUGUCUGUGCGCCCGUAGGAGUACAAGCGCACCGGUUUCGCGUGGGAACAGGUGCGUUCCAUUUUUGCCCCAGAUCUGCUCGAUGCUGAUUCCCUACACUUUUGCGUCGCGGCGCCCGGCAGUACUCUACGCAUGCAGAGAGCGAAGGACAAGGGCGAAAGAACAAACCGUUCACCGGCUGGACGAGCCUGGUGGCGCUCAUGAUGGCCGAGAUAUAUUAA